AUGCCUUGUGGAAAAGACCAAGGAAGAGGCGGUCGACGUGGCCGUGAAGGAAGAUCUGCACAGCAGACCGGUCAAGGGUCUCACGGAAAGAAGACCAAACGACCAAAACAAUACCAUCCUCACAAUCCUAACUUUACUCAUGGGCAGGUGACGAUAUACUUGCUUGAGGCUAUUGCACUCAAGAGCUUGGACUACGCUCAAGAUAUGAUCAGGAGGGUGAGAAAUUUGGCCAACGUGGACUUUGAGGCUUUAAGAGGCACUCAGACAGUCUACAAGCCGGGAAAGACCACAAGAGUUUGA